GCGGGCCGCGGCGCAGUGCCGGUGUGUGCGCGCGACGGCGAGCGGCGGGCCGGGCGCGAGGGAGGCGAGGACAGGGCGCAUGUCUCGUCCCCGCGAGCAGCCGCCAGACGCGCCACCACCAUCUUCUGCAUGUGCAACCUUAGCAGCCGGACGGGAAACCGCUCUCGGGGCUAUGGAGACUGCGGGAAAAACCCGGCGGCUCGCGAUGGGCUGCUGAAGGGGCGCAGUGGGGGACCACCAACCGCCCGCACCUCUCUCCUUUUUCCUCUUUUUUUUUUUUUUUUUUUUUUUUUUUUGGUCGUUUUUAAUUUUAGCGCCAUCGUGGUCAAUGCCUGUGUGAACAGCCUUUAGGAAGAGUGCGAGAGAAAGAGAGAGCGCGCGCCGGGGAGAGGAGAAAAGAAGAUGAGGAUUAUUUGCAGGCAGAUUGUCUUGUUGUUUUCUGGAUUUUGGGGACUCGCCAUGGGAGCCUUUCCGAGCAGCGUGCAGAUAGGUGGUCUCUUCAUCCGAAACACAGAUCAGGAAUACACGGCCUUUCGAUUAGCAAUCUUUCUUCACAACACUAGCCCCAAUGCGUCCGAAGCUCCUUUUAAUCUGGUACCUCAUGUGGACAACAUCGAGACAGCCAACAGUUUUGCCGUGACAAAUGCUUUCUGUUCCCAGUAUUCUAGAGGAGUGUUCGCCAUUUUCGGACUCUACGAUAAGAGGUCGGUACACACCUUGACCUCGUUCUGCAGCGCCUUGCACAUCUCCCUCAUCACACCGAGUUUCCCCACGGAGGGGGAGAGCCAGUUUGUGCUGCAGCUCAGACCGUCCUUGCGGGGCGCGCUCCUGAGUCUGCUGGACCACUACGAGUGGAACUGUUUCGUCUUCCUGUACGACACGGACAGGGGAUACUCAAUACUUCAAGCUAUUAUGGAAAAAGCAGGACAAAAUGGUUGGCAUGUCAGCGCUAUAUGUGUGGAAAAUUUUAAUGAUGUCAGCUAUAGGCAACUUCUAGAAGAACUUGAUAGACGACAAGAGAAGAAAUUUGUCAUAGACUGUGAGAUAGAGAGGCUUCAAAACAUAUUAGAACAGAUUGUGAGUGUUGGGAAGCAUGUUAAGGGUUACCACUACAUCAUUGCAAACUUGGGAUUCAAGGAUAUUUCUCUGGAGAGAUUUAUCCAUGGUGGAGCCAAUGUUACAGGAUUCCAGCUGGUUGAUUUUAAUACACCUAUGGUAACCAAACUAAUGGAUCGCUGGAAGAAACUAGACCAGAGAGAGUAUCCAGGAUCUGAGACGCCUCCAAAGUAUACGUCUGCUCUGACUUAUGAUGGAGUCCUUGUGAUGGCUGAAACUUUCCGAAAUCUUAGGAGGCAGAAAAUUGAUAUUUCAAGGAGAGGAAAUGCUGGGGAUUGUCUGGCAAAUCCUGCUGCUCCAUGGGGCCAGGGAAUUGACAUGGAGAGGACACUCAAACAGGUUCGAAUUCAAGGACUGACAGGAAAUGUUCAGUUUGACCACUAUGGACGUAGGGUCAAUUACACAAUGGAUGUGUUUGAGCUGAAGAGCACAGGGCCUAGAAAGGUUGGUUACUGGAAUGAUAUGGAUAAAUUAGUCUUGAUUCAGGACGUGCCCACUCUUGGCAAUGACACAGCAGCUAUUGAGAACAGAACAGUGGUUGUAACCACAAUUAUGGAAUCCCCAUAUGUUAUGUACAAGAAAAAUCACGAAAUGUUUGAAGGAAAUGACAAGUAUGAAGGAUACUGUGUAGAUUUGGCAUCUGAAAUUGCAAAACAUAUUGGUAUCAAGUAUAAAAUUGCCAUUGUCCCUGAUGGAAAAUAUGGAGCGAGGGACGCAGACACAAAAAUCUGGAAUGGGAUGGUAGGAGAACUUGUUUAUGGGAAAGCAGAGAUUGCUAUCGCCCCUCUGACAAUCACUUUGGUCCGAGAGGAGGUCAUUGACUUCUCUAAGCCCUUCAUGAGUUUGGGCAUAUCUAUCAUGAUCAAAAAGCCUCAGAAAUCCAAACCAGGAGUGUUUUCCUUCUUGGAUCCUCUGGCCUAUGAGAUUUGGAUGUGCAUAGUCUUUGCCUACAUUGGUGUCAGCGUGGUCUUAUUCCUAGUUAGCAGGUUCAGUCCAUACGAGUGGCACACAGAAGAGCCGGAGGAUGGAAAGGAAGGACCCAGCGACCAGCCUCCCAAUGAGUUUGGCAUCUUUAACAGCCUCUGGUUUUCCCUGGGUGCCUUCAUGCAGCAAGGAUGCGACAUUUCACCCAGAUCCCUCUCAGGUCGGAUUGUCGGAGGUGUCUGGUGGUUCUUCACGCUCAUCAUUAUAUCAUCUUAUACCGCUAACCUCGCUGCUUUCCUGACGGUAGAGCGAAUGGUCUCCCCCAUAGAAAGUGCGGAAGACCUGGCCAAACAAACAGAAAUUGCCUAUGGAACAUUGGAUUCAGGGUCAACAAAAGAAUUCUUCAGAAGAUCAAAAAUAGCAGUGUAUGAAAAGAUGUGGACCUACAUGCGAUCGGCAGAGCCGUCCGUGUUCACCAGGACUACAGCUGAGGGAGUGGCUCGUGUCCGCAAAUCCAAGGGCAAAUUUGCGUUCCUCCUGGAGUCCACUAUGAACGAGUACAUUGAGCAGCGAAAGCCGUGUGACACGAUGAAAGUGGGAGGAAAUCUGGAUUCGAAAGGCUAUGGAGUAGCAACGCCCAAGGGUUCCUCAUUAAGAACUCCUGUAAACCUUGCCGUUUUGAAACUCAGUGAGGCAGGCGUCUUAGACAAGCUGAAAAACAGAUGGUGGUACGAUAAAGGUGAAUGUGGAGCCAAGGACUCGGGAAGCAAGGACAAGACGAGCGCCUUGAGCCUGAGCAACGUCGCAGGCGUUUUCUACAUUCUGGUCGGCGGCUUGGGCUUGGCGAUGCUGGUGGCUUUGAUAGAAUUCUGUUACAAGUCCAGGGCAGAAGCGAAGAGAAUGAAGCUGACCUUUUCUGAAGCCAUAAGAAACAAAGCCAGAUUAUCCAUCACUGGGAGCGUGGGUGAGAACGGCCGCGUUUUGACGCCCGACUGCCCCAAGGCGGUACACACGGGAACCACGAUUAGACAGAGUUCGGGAUUGGCUGUCAUUGCAUCGGACCUACCAUGAAAACCAAAAACAUAAUCGAGUGCCUUAAUCAAACUGUGCUGGUGACGGACGGGAGCGCAGCCCACGCACUGAGCAGGGGCCGCGGACCAGGCCUCCGGGCCAGAGCGGGCGGCGCGUCCCGAUGCUCCCGCCGGUCCAGCAGCAACGCGUGCAUGAGCUCAGCUCGGAAACCCAAACUCAGAUUUUAUAUCAGGAAAACUCACAAUUUAGGUUUUCUCGGGGAGUGGGGUGGGGGGGGAGGGGGAGCUGGGAUGGGCGUAUUAACAGCAACAAAUUUCACUGGAGUGGACUUAAAAACUAAUCAGACUUGCGAGCUAGCGCAUUAAACUGUGAAGUCCUUUCUCAGAAAGGCCUCCGUCUUCACCGCAAGGGGUCAAGUAGUUAGAGAAGUCCAUGAACCUGCUAACCUGUCUCCAGAACACCCACGUGUUCCGUUGAAGACUCCAGCUGAGAAAACAAAUCACUAAACUGUGAUAAGAAAAUAAUAAACACACAUGUAAAUCCUGUGAAAAUUUAAAGGAAGUAUUUACACUCACUUUGGAGAAAACAUACUGAAACAUGCUUGCUUUUUAACCGACAUAAAUUCAGUAGAGGACAACACGAUUCUUUUUUCUAACCAUCUUAGGGAACAAUACAUUGCAAUAAUUGAGAUAAAUGCCAUCACUGUAAUCAACUCUAGAGACUUUUUUUUUACAAAAGUUGACCCCCUCCUCGUUGCCGUAACCUCCCCUCUGUCACCUGCGUCGGUGUCCACAGAUCCCAUUUGUCUCGGUACCCGGAACACAGACAACACGAAAACAACGUCAUGUGAAGUCAUCAGCCUGCAGUGUAGAAGCGCGAGAGACUCCGGGUCACUCGUGUUAUCAGUAUUAUUUAUAAUCUUGUUCUGUGUACAAAAUUGUGGUUUUUGUACCCACCAAAAAGAAUAAAACAAGGGACAUUCUUAUAAUAUCCACAGA